AUACAUGUAAACAAUGCCCAGAGGGAUACUACUGUAUGGCUAAUAGCACAGAUUUCACUUCCCAGGAAUGCCCCACAGGUCACUUCUGUCCCAAUGGCACAGCAAGCCAAUAUGAGAAUCCUUGCCCUCCGGGAACCUACAAUGCUUUACCCCGGGGCACAUCAGAAACAGACUGUCAAGAUUGCCAGGGAGGAGAGUACUGUGAGGGUCAAGGUAAUUCUGCAGCUACAGGAAAUUGUUCUGCUGGAUGGUUUUGUAGCGGUGGAGCUGAUAGGCCAAACACAACAACACAUGGUGGGGAGUGCCAACCAGGAUAUUACUGUCCAGAAGGCUCAAUGAGUCCAAUUCCUUGCCCCGGUGGAGAAUUCUGUGCCACAAGUGGUCUUGCUACACCCACAGGUCUAUGCUCUGCCGGGCAUUACUGCACCCUGAAGGCCAUAUCUGCCACCCCCUCCGGGGACUCUACUGGAGACAUCUGUCCCCCUGGAUACUACUGUCCUGAACAAUCAUCCUACCCCAUACCCUGUAGCCCUGGCACAUACAGCCCUAGCUCUGGGAAUAUGAACAUCACUGACUGUCUUGCCUGUAGCCUGGGAGAAUAUUGUGCCAGUUACAAUCUGACUCAAACAACAGGUAACUGCAGUGCCGGUUUCUACUGCCCCCAGGGUGAGAUCACUGACAACCCCCAUCCUUGCCCCAUGGGCUACUACUGUCCUGAGGCCACAUAUGACCCAUUCAUUUGUGACAGUGGCUGGUAUCAAGACAACACUGGCCAGAGUGAUUGCAAGUUAUGCCCCGAGGGCUACUAUUGUGAUAACAGUAAUGGUGCUGUGGUGAUAAAUGAAACAGUGACAUGUCCAGCUGGAUUCUUCUGUCCUCCUGGUACGAAAAGAGCUGAUCAAUGGCCCUGUCCUCUGGGCACAUUCGGCAAUGACACAGGAUAUAACGAUAGCUCCAACUGUAGCCCUUGUCUAGGAGGAAUGUACUGUGGAAUUGUCGGACAGACAUGGCCAACUGGAUAUUGCAAGGCUGGAUAUUUCUGCCAUCGUUAUGCAGAGAUCGCUUCACCUAAUCAAACCACUGACGCUAAUAUUUGUCCAGAAGGCUCUUACUGUUUGGAAGGCACAGACAAUCCCAGUCCAUGUCCUGUAGGAACAUUUGGGGCUAUAGAGGGACUGCGAAACUCCAGUGAAUGUACACCAUGCACUGCAGGAAAAUAUUGCGACAUACAAGGAAUCACUUCAGUCACAGUUGCUGAGAGGGAUUGCUAUGCUGGCUAUUAUUGUGAAGAAGGGAGUACUGUGGCAAGGCAAGCCCUAUGUACCCCAGGCCACUUUUGUCCUACAGGCAGCGAUAUACCCACACGCUGCCCAGAGGGUACAUUCAAUCCAUACUGGGGUUUGAACUCCACCGACCAAUGUACACCAUGCACACAGGGUCAGUACUGUGACACAGAGGGUAUGAAUGUCACAUCAGGACCCUGUGAGGCAGGUUACUACUGUCCGCCUGGACAGAAUUCCUCAAGACCAACUGAUUACCCCUGCCCUGUAGCAUAUUACUGCCCCGUGAAUUCAUCCGAGCCGCUACCCUGCCAGAAUGGGACAUACAUGAACCAUACCCAUGCUGAAGUCUGUGAUAUAUGCCCAGAGGGAUGGUACUGCACCAGUGGUGAUCUGGUCCAGUUGUGUCCUGAAGGAUACUACUGCCCUGAAGGUACAGGGGUCAACUGGAUCCCUUGUCCAAGAGGAACAUUCAGUAACGAGACUGGUCUAGCCCGAGAGGACCAAUGUGAGUCCUGUCUAGGGGGGUCAUACUGUGAGACCCUGCGGGCCACAGCUCCUAAGGCAUUGUGCUCUGCAGGGUACUAUUGUGAGUAUGGAACAGAUAGAGCUACACCUACAAAUGGAAAUGCUACUCUCAUCAAUGGGACGUGUCAAGUACCAGGUGGUGAAACAGGUGUUGGGGGUGUGUGCCCUGAAGGCAGCUACUGUCCAAUAGGAACGACUACACCACUGCCAUGCGGUGCUGGCACCUAUAGUAAUGUCACAGGACUAGCAACAUGUUAUCAGUGCCCUGCAGGAUAUUACUGUCUUGAUGGCGAUGUAACAUUCAUGGAUACUCCAUGUCCUGAGGGUCAUUACUGCUUGGCGGGAACAUCCUCACCCUCCCAGUACCCUUGUCCCCCAGGAACUUACUUCAACACCACAGGGGCCCAGACCAUAGAUGAUUGUAUAGCGUGUCCCGGGGGCUACUACUGUGAAAUACCUGGCUUGGCUCAGCCCACUGGUCUCUGUGAUCCUGGGUGGUACUGUACUCUUAACUCAAGUUCUGCGCAGAGUGUGACUGAGGGUGGGGAGUGCCAACCUGGCUUUUACUGUCCCCAGGGUGCUUAUGCCCCCAUACAAUGUGAUCCAGGCACCUACUGUGAAAUUACUGGCCUAGAUGCACCUACGGGCAACUGUACAGCAGGCUAUUACUGUGUCCUGGAAUCAUCAACAGCUACACCCACUGACAACACCACAGGUGCGGAAUGUCCCCUGGGGCAUUACUGUCC